AUGGCCAUCGGACGGACAUUCAACGUGGUCGGCAUCCACUGCGCGGGAGAGGUCUGCGACGUCGUUACCGGCGGUGUCCUCGAUGUUCCCGGCAGGACCAUGUUUGAGAAGAUGAAUUAUUUUUGGCAAAAGUCGGACCAUUUACGCAACCUUUUGCUCAACGAACCCCGGGGCUCAUCCGCCAUGUGCUGCAAUGUCAUACUACCAAAAUGUAACCCUAAAGCCGAUGCAGGCUUCAUCAUCAUGGAGCAUGAGGAGUAUCCGGCCAUGUCGGGAGCCAACACCAUUGCCACUUCGACGGUAUUACUCGAGACGGGCAUGGUCCCCAUGCAAGAGCCAACGACAAAGAUGAUUCUCGAUGCACCUGCUGGUCUUGUCACUAUCACGGCUGACUGUGAAGCGGGAAAAGUCAAAGCAGUCGAAUUCGAGAACGUUCCGGCUUUUGUAUACGGCCUCGACCUCGAUAUCCAAGUUCCGGGAUUUGACUCUCCUGUUAAAGUCGAUAUUGCCUGGGGAGGCAUGUGGUACGCAUUGGCAGACGCGACAAGCCCAGGGUUGUCCCUACAACCCGCCAACGGGCGAGAAUUGGUCGAUAUAGGAGAACGCAUCAAGCGCGCCGUCCAGGCACAAACCAAUCCCGUUCACCCAGACAACCCGGCCAUCCACGGCGUCACCGUUCUGGAAUUCACAGAGCCUCUGAUCAUCAACGAGGCUGGCAAGGUUGCCACCAAUACGGUCGUGGUGUCACCAGGAAGACUAGAUCGAAGUCCCUGCGGAACAGGCACUUGUGCCCGGCUGGCUGUGCUUCACAAGCGGGGGCAACUAGGUGUUGGGGAGUCCUUUAUGCACCGCAGCAUCAUUGGAACCAAUUUUCGUGGAACGGUCAAGAGCGAAACCAAGAUUGGCGAAUAUGAUGCAAUCGUGCCGGCCGUGAAAGGCACAGCCUGGAUCACGGCAUUCAAGCAGGUCAUUCUGCACCCUACGGACCCAUUUCCGGAGGGGUUCAGAGUUGGCGACAAAUGGCUUCUUAGCUAG